UAUAUUUCUCGCAUCAAGUACCCCACCCUUCAGUUGAACGAAAGUGGACCUAGUUUAAGUGCUUUUGGCAAAUUGAUUAAUUUGUUAACAUGUUGACCUUUGAUCGUCAGAAGGUUUUAGGAAAAGGAGGUUUCGCCACUGUUUAUGAAGGUAUUUGGGGUGAAACUAAAGUAACCGUCAAAAGAUUUCUUAUAGGGGAUGCCGCAAGCAAUGAACAAGAAGAGAAGGCCCUGAAAAUGUUAGAUCAUACCAACGUCAUCAAACUAUUUCACGUGGAGGAGGACCAAGAUUUUAAAAGUUUCGCACUUGAAUUGUGUGAUGCCUCUUUGGAAAAAUUGUUUCUCAAAGAAAGUGACCUGAAAAAAUACCGCGGCCCAAUGCCGCCAGACACGGAAGUUCUUCUUCAGUUGGCUAAAGGACUCGAGUACAUUCAUCAAAUGGGAUUAGUCCAUCGCGAUAUCAAGCCACAGAAUGUACUCAUCAGCUUGAAUUUUGCAACCCGACAAGUGGUGAUGAAGUGGGCAGAUUUUGGUUUCAGUAAACGUGUCAACGAAAGGGGCUCUUUCUCGAUGAGUGGUGUUAGAGGAACAUACGAUUAUUUCGCGCCGGAAAUAUUGAAAUUACUGGACGAGCCCAGUUCUGAUGAAAAUGAAGCUCAGAACAGAGGAACCGUCAAGAGCGAUGUAUUUGCAGAAGGACUCGUCUUUGGCUACUUCAUUUCGGGAGGGGUUCAUCCUUUUGGCAAAACAAGUCAUCAAAUUUCAGUAAACGUACGGACAAAUGAACUAGUCAACCUUCCCAAAACGGACAAAAUUCGUAAUACAAUUAUAGAAAUGUUAGAAAAAGAACAAAACAAUCGAAUUUCAUCUUCUGAUGUCGUUAAUCGACUCACAAAUAUUAUCCUGAAGAAUUCACAGCAGAUGUUAACGUUACUAGCGGAAGGGAACCCAAGUGUAGAAGAAAUAGGAAAACUGAUUCAAGAAGGUGUGGACAUCAACGUCAAAGACCCAAAUGGAUCGACACCACUACUACACGUAGCGGAAAACAAAAUUGGAAGUGACAAGGUGGUGGAGAUAGUUGGUCUCUUGAUCCAAAACGGAGCCAACGUCAAUUCACUGAACUGCGAAGGGGAAAAUGCUCUCCUGAUAAUGUGUGAUAAUCACAAAAAUCAUAAAAGCAACAGUUUUGUUGCGAUGAUUAAUCUUUUGAUUGAAAACAGGAUUGAUAUCAAUUGCCAAGACAAAAACGGAAGUAAUGCUCUCACCAAAUUAAGUGAAUUUUAUCAAAACGAAAAUUUGAUUGAAAUAAUUCAACUUUUAAUUCAAAACGGCAUCGACGUAAAUAACAAGAUCAACGUCAGAUGGAAUGCUCUUACUUUAUUGUGUCGCCAUUACCAAAACACAAAUUUGAUUAAAAUAAUUCAACUUUUAAUUCAAACCGGAAUUGACGUAAAUUGCAAGACGAACGGGAGUUGGAAUGCUCUCACUUUAUUGUGUCGCCAUUAUAAAAACGAAAACUUGAUUGAAAUCAUUCGACUUUUAAUUCAACACGGAAUCGACGUUAAUUGCAAGACCGACUAUGGAUCAAAUGCUCUCACUAUCUUGUGUCACUAUUAUCAAAAUGGUAAUGCGAUCGAAAUAAUUCAACUUUUAAUUCAACACGGAAUCGACGUCAAUUGCAAGACCGAUUAUGAAGCAAAUGCUCUCACUAUAUUGUGUCACUGUUAUCAAAACGAAAAUUUAAUUGACAUCAUUCGACUGUUAGUUGAAAAUGGAAUCGACGUCAAUCGCAAGACCAAUGUCGGAUGGAAUGCUCUCAAUUUUUUGUGCUGCUUUUACCAAAAAGAAAAUUUAAUAGAAAUAAUUCAACUUCUAAUUGAAACUGGAAUCGAAGUCAGUUGUACGGAAGGUCAGUACGAAAAUAACGUCGCUUUAUUGCGUGAAAACUAUAAAAACGAAAACUUAAUUGACAUAAUUGGACUUUUAAAUAAAAAUGGAAUUGGAUUCAAUUCAAAGGAGUGUUGCGAAGACAGGGGAGACCAGAGCAGGAUGGCUUCACUAUUGCACGUAUUGUUUGAAGCCAGAAAACGGUUUAAUAACUAUUUUUUUUAAUGAUCUAGCUAAAUCGUGGCUCGCUCUAGCUAAAAUUUGGCGUCAACAAAGUGUAGUUGUUAAUUGAUUUCAUAAUAAUGCAUCCAACAGAGUGAAAUCGGUAAGAAGUUGACUGCGUUUGGGAAAUUUGGAUUUAAAAACGUCGGCUUCAUUUCAGUCAAAUCAAAUGUGAAAUGAACAAGAUAAUACAACAGAGAACAUGAAGACGAAGCAAUUUAAGCAGUAGUUUGUUAACGCAUAAUAAAUCAUUUAAACUUAAA